AUGGAGUCUCAGUAUCUGAAGAGAUGCCUGGGGAGUUGCUUGAAAAAGGGACUGGCAGAGGUUGUAGAGCAUCGGCCCGCAGAUCCAAUAGAGUAUCUGGCACACUGGAUUUACAAUUACAGAAGAAUCUUAGAUGAAGAAAAAAAGAGAAUGUUGGAGAGGAUUGAGCAAGAACAAGAACGGGAGGCAGCCCUGGUAGAACUGGAAAUGUUAAGAAAAAUGAAGGAAGAAGAGCUAAUGAUCCAGCAGAAACUUGAAGAACAACAUCAGGGUCAGUUGGAACAAGAAUGUGAUGAGUUGGAACAGCAGAAUGAAGAAGACGAAAUACCGUUGCAGCAGAAAGAUCAAGAGGAAAAUGAAAAGACAAUAGCUGAACUUCCAGAUAGAUCUGGAACACCUAAUAUGACCAGCGUUGAGGAGCUAGAUGAGAAUGGACAGUUUGAGAAUAUAACAGACCCCAUGGCAGAAUCAGAACAAGAAAGUUCCCAGCUGAUCUGA